AUGACAAACAUUCGCUUCAUAUCCUCGGCCACCGUCCAGCCGACAGCGAGCCUCAGCGAGUCAACCGGGAGAGUUGAGCUGACUCCAUGGGAUCUUCAACUCAUCGCAAUUAAUCACAUCCAAAAAGGCCUCCUCUUCCUCAAACCUUCCCCCUCCCAAGAAAAUAAACUAAAAGGCAGUGACAGCGUCAUCGAUCACUUAAAAACCUCUCUAUCCCGGACGUUGGAUAUUUUCUAUCCUCUCGCCGGCCGGCUAGUCAUGGUUGAAAACGAUGAUGAUAAGACCACCUCUUUCUCUGUCGACUGCAAUAACCUGCAUGGAGGAGCAGAGUUUGUUCAUGCGGUAGCAGAUGACGUCACCGUGGCCGAUAUCCUUGAGCCCCUCUACGUUCCCGAUAUUGUCAACUCCUUCUUUUUGAUGAACACGGUGUUGAACUGCGAAGGUGUUUCCAAGCCAUUGCUGGCGGUGCAAGUGACUGAGCUCGUUGAUGGCAUCUUCAUCGGUUGCACUUUAAACCACAGCGUUGCGGACGGCACUACCUUCUGGCGUUUCUUCAAUACUUGGUCUGGGAUCUCUACAGGUUCUUCUGAUCCCACCUCACAAACUCCUCCGAUCUUCGGGUCGGGUUUUCUUGAUGGUAUUAUGAAUCUCCCCAUUCGUAUUCCUUUCCAAUUCCAGCGCAAUGAGAGAUCCAACACUUCCCCACCCCUAAAACAGAGAGUUUUUCAUUUUUCAAAGGAGAAAAUCCAACAACUUAAAGCAAAAGCAAAUGAUGAAAUGAGCACUAACAAGAUCUCGUCCCUUCAAGCGGUUCUUGCUCAUCUUUGGCGAUCUGUGGUUCACAGCCGGCGUCUCAAUGCUGAUGAAGAGGUUUGUUACUGCGUACUUGUGGGAAUGAGGCAAAGAUUACAACCACCAUUGCCGGAGGAGUAUCUAGGAAACGCGGUUCUAUUGGUCAACGUAACGGCCACUGCAGGGGAUCUUCUUGAACACGGACUAGGCUGGGUGGCUUCGCAGAUAAACAAGACGAUUGCUUCUCAAAAAGCAGAAGAAAUAAAAAAAUAUGUGGAGGAUUGGAUAAAAACCCCUAAGUUUAUAACUCCCACUUUCCUGCCAAGUAAUAGAUUGGUCACAGGAAGCUCGCCGCGGUUCAAUGUGUACGGUAAUGACUUCGGUUGGGGAAGACCCCUCGCGGUGCGGAGUGGUGCUGGGAACAAGUUUCACGGGAAUUUAACGGUGUUUCCCGGGCUAGAAGAAGGAAGUAUGGAUUUUGAAGCUUGCCUGUCGCCUGAGACGUUGCUGGCUAUGGCGGACGAUGCAGAGUUCAACGAGGCAUUAGUGUCAUAA